AUGUCACAAUCCGACCUGAAGCGAAAGCGCGUCCAAUUUGCAUGCGAGCCAUGCCGGGAGCGGAAAAGAAAAUGUGAUGGCGCCGAGCCUUGUAGCACUUGCCGUGAAUGGGGCUAUGAUUGCCAUUACGAACGUCAGCCACGACAGAGGCACCGUGCUUCCCAACAGCCUCCAAAAGAAAUUGCCCCGCCAAAGACCCCACAACAAAUCAACUCAGUAGAUACACACGGGCUGGAUCGUCGGUUGUGGGCAAACUCCGGUGCUGCAUUUGUUCGGAGGAUGGGCCUGAAUAUCGAUCCUGCGAAAGCGCCAAAACUCAGUCUGUUUGGUUGGAAUGUUGGAAAGCGACAACUGUCAACCGUAUCUCAGACUACAUGUCCUGUGUUAUCAAUCACGGAUAUCACAUCCUUGGAGCACAUGAGGACCCUCGCUCGGAUCUACUUCGCUAAGAUCGGUCUGUGCUAUGGCUUUAUUGAUUCUUCUCAAUUUUUUGAGCGACUGGAGGCUAGGUGGCAGUCUCCUGCGGUUACCAGUCUAUACGACAGUGUUAUAGGUGGCGUUGCUGCACUAGGUUGUUUGUUUUCCCAACGAAACAUGACCAUCACCGAAUUACAUCUCAUCGGAUCGGCACAUUCUAUUCUCGACACAUACGUUCUGUGUGGUGCUCCUCCUGUGGACCUUCUCACUGGAUGGACAUUGCGAGUCAUUUACAUGCGAAUGACAGAUCUGCCUCACUCAACAUGGAUGGCGAGCUCGAAGUUGAUGCAUCUGGUGGAAGCUGCGGGUUUCCACCUAGAGUCUACAGAUUCAGUAUUCCCGUGCAGUAUCGGCACAGACUUUAAUCCAAACAUCCGAAGACGACUCUUCGGCUUGGCACUACAUCUUAAUAUGUGGACAUCGUACGAUCUUGGUUUAUCAAGAGUCUCCUUUCAAAAGAAUGAUUUGCCGUUGCUUCCAUCAACCUCCGAGGGUGAUUUAACGGAUGAGCUGCUGGGGCUUAUUCCGUUGUCGGCAAGCCUAGACCCAGGAAAGGCAAAAGGAGAUGAGAUUAAGCUAGGAAAAGCCCUUUCGCAGAUCCUGGAAAGAGUUCAUACUGAGCCUCCCUCGGCCAUGGCGCAAUGCAAUCUUGUGCUUUGCAUUCUGCGCAGAAUCCACACAGAGAAACUCGAAAUUUCCCCUCGCCUCCUAGAAAAAUCCUUAGCGUUGCUGAAAAGGGGACUUGCUUGCUCACGCAGUAUGGUCAGGAACUGUAACCCCUGGCAACACAUGGCAAACGUCCCUUUCCACAUCAUAUGUGUCUUACUAGUGAUGGACACACGGCAAUCGCUCGCGAUGCUCCCCGAAGCAAUGGAGACAUUGAAGCUCGUGGCAUCCACUUACGAUACAAAAACCAUGAGAGAGGCGUGGAGUGCGGCUCUCUUGCUAGUUAUGCUUCAUCAACAGCGGAGGAAAGAUGACCUUACGAUCUUCAACGAUAUCAUGAAGAUGGAGGAGCAAGAAAGUCCAGCUGAGCCAUCCCAGCAGCAAUUUCCAAACGCUGAAGAGUACUCAUGGCUGGGGGCUUUAGUUACUGAUCUACCCAGUUUGCAAAGGGAUGAUCUCGAUCAGUUUCUGAAUGCGGAUAUGAUUGAUGGUUCAAGUUUCCUGGGUGGAUCUGGAUGA